AUGGCCCUUUCGAAGAAGGCUUCGACCAAAAAGGUCGAGAAGAAAACCAACGCCCUCCCUCCCCAGUUGCUCGCCGCGGUCGCUUCUUUCCUCUCCAAGAAUGGCUUCUCUGCUACCAGCACUGCAUUCGCCGACGAGUUGAAGAAGAAUGGCAACGCCAAGGCCGAUGCCAAAAAUGCCCCGUCUUUGGUCGAACUCUUCCAGACAUGGGACAAGAUUUCCAAAAACGCCGAGAGUGACAGCAGCUCCGACUCUGGCAGUGACAGUGACAGCGACACCAGUGACUCCGAUGUUAGCAUGGGAGAUGCUCCCAAGGCCCGAUCUGCAUCUCCGUCUUCUUCCUCUUCCUCUUCGAGCUCCGACAGUGACGCAGAUGAUGAGGAAGAUGCUGCGGCUCCCACUCCUGCCCCCGCAGCCAAGAAACCCACUGGUGUGAAGCGCAAGGCCGAGUCAAGCAGCUCCUCCUCUGAGUCUAGCUCGGAGUCGGACUCUGAGGAUGAAGCUCCCAAGACGAAGAAGGCUAAGGUCUCCAAGGCAGAGUCUUCGUCCGACUCUAGCUCUGAAUCUUCGUCCGACUCUGAUGCCGACUCUAGCUCCAGCAGCUCGUCCAGUUCCAGCUCUAGUUCCGAUUCGGAUUCCUCCUCCGACUCGUCCGACUCCGAAUCUGAGGAAGAAACCACCAAGAAGGCCGACGCGAAGGUUCUGAAGAAGGCCAUGAAGACUCCUCUUCCCGCGUCUUCCAGCUCUAACAGCUCCAGCUCUUCCUCGGAUAGCAGCUCUGACAGCUCUGACAGCUCUGAUGAGGAGAAGAGUGGUGGCGUUGCUGUUUCCGGUAACUCCUCCUCCGAUACCAGCGCAACAAUGUCUGCCUCUCCCGCUGCCGAGAGUAAGCCUGUGAAGCAGACACAACCCUCUUCUUCCAGCGCCAGCCCCGCACCUGGAAAUGGACCGUCCAAGAAGAAGCACGUUGGCGCCCAGCGCGCCUAUGCCGAUCUCUCGGUAACUCGUGGCAAGGGAUUCACGAAGGAGAAGAACAAGAAGAAGCGUGGUUCCUACCGUGGCGGCCCCAUCGAUAUCGCGGGCGGCAAGUCCUUCAAGUUCGACGACUAA